AUAUAUAUGCUGGGAAUGCUCAUGAUGCAGUAGAAAGGAUGGAGGGCCUAGGCAACACAUUUUGAGUGUGUAUGCUUUACAUACAUACAUACUCAGAUACAUAUACAUAAGUUAUUUGAGGAACCAUCUGAAAGAGAAUUUCCUCCUCAGAUUUGUUGUAAUCUUGAGUGUUUUUCUUUUCUCUAGUUAGAAUCUCUAGGAAACGCGUACUAGUUUCUACAGCACACUGCAGCAAGUCUCCCCUCUGCUCUUUCACGCGGGCUGCCAUUGCAUUGCAUGUUCAAAGGGUGAUAAAGCGAGCGAGCAGGCAGGUAUGAUGAGAGGAGGGAGACGCCCGGAAUGGCAAAACCGCUCGGGUCCUCUUCUUCUUUCGUCUCUCCAUUUUCGUCACAAGCAGACUCGCCGUACAGCGCGAAGCUACGCGGAAGGCGCCGCCCAACACCAAAGCUCCUCCGACGCGUCUCGUCUCCUGUCCUGCACUCCCCGCCUGCUCUGCUCUGUUAUUACUACCUCCAUCGCCACUUCACCACUUCACCAGUUGCCGAAGCGAGCGCCAGAGCACGAGACCGGCAAUGGCGGGCUCCACGCCUCCCUUCCUCCUCCUCCUCUUCGUCCUCGUCACCGCCGCCGCCGCCGCGGCCUCGGACUCGGGGGAGCGCCCGCGCGUCAUCCCCACCUUGGUCCAGUGCCACCCGCCGCACGCGCAGGCAGACGCCAACGCCAGCAGCGCCAAGAACGCCACGGCGUUCCAAGCCAACGUGCUCUCCCUCCUCGCCAACCUCCCCGCCGCCGCCGUGCCCACGGGCUUCGCGUCCCUGCGCUCCGCCGGAGUGGUCGGACGCGACGUCGCGUUCGUCCGCGGGCUCUGCUUCGGGUACGCCACGCCGUCCCAGUGCCGCGCGUGCCUGGCCGCCGCGGCCAAGAAGCUGACCGACGCCUGCGGUGCCCGCGGCCGGCGCGCCGGCGUCUGGACGGACGCCUGCUUCGCGUCCUACGCCGACACCAACCCGUCCUCGCCCAGUUACGAUGACUUCCGCGCGCGCGUCAUCACCGGCGCCGACGCGCUCGCCACCAGCUCGUCCCCCGAGCUGCAGAGCCUCGCCGACCUGGCGUGGCGCCUGGGGCCGGUCGCGCCCGCCAGCGCGAGGAUGCUGGUGGCCAUGGACUGGACGGCCGCAGCGAGCGACUACAAGAAGAACAGCACGGUGCGCGUGCUGGCGCAGUGCGCGCAGGACCGCACGGCGGCGGAGUGCGCGUGGUGCGUGCAGUACUCGGCGCGGGUGGCGGAGACCUGCGAGUGGUCCUGGUGCCCCCGGCAGUCGGCGCGGGCGGGGGACACCUGCUGCUGGGGCCUCGACGCGUGGCGCGACGGCGUGGCCGGCGCCGCCGUCGGCUUCGACUGCUACCUGCGCUUCGACGUCGCCGUCGCCACCGCCACCGUCACUUCCACUGCGCCGGCGCGGGUGCCCCCGCUCAGAAGGCUCGGGAAGCUGAUGAACGAUCAUCCUUUCCUCACCGCGGUGUUCGUCGGCGGCGGGCUGGCCGUGGCAGCAUUCUAACGGAAAUACAAAGUUGCAGGGCCGGCGGCCGUCCGGGCGGGAGUGAAGAUGGAGAUGACCCCCCCGCAACCGCAAGCCAGGAUGAUGGUUUGAUCUGAGCAACCGCUCGGCGAUCGAUCUGCACUGCAGCAACAACAACAUACUCCAGUAACCAAGUCUGUAAAUAAUUAAGCAUUCGUGCACUAAGUAGCAGCAGCAGCAUCGGCGACUUCAAACUUAAUUCGUGCUUGCAGAUCUCUUAUAUAGAAGAGAAACUUAAGUAUUGAACCUUUAGUCCUUGGUCCACCAUUGGUGCCCAUGCUACCAUAUAUUGGAGAAACUCUCGAUCUUAUUCUCAGCUAUGAAGUUAACAUGCAGUAAUAUGUGAGUUGCCACUUGCCAUACUGUUUGCGUACUGCUGCUUUGGGCUCCAAAACUUAUCUCAGUUGGGUGUUGCCAUUUUGUUACCAGGCUAUUUAUGUGUGAGUUACCGGGCUAUUCACAGACAAUUAUCACGAUGAGAACUUAAACUCCUUCGGACUGUUUUAGCA